UUAUGUAUUUGAUAAUAUGGUGAGUCCUUUGUAAAAUAAUCAUGAAUUGAAGUGAUAUAGAUGAUUUCAAAGAUUUAUUUUAAGUUAAUAAAUGAAAGGAGUCUAUUUAUUCUUUCUUCACCCAUUACAAGACAAGUAUCUUGUUUUGCAAACAUUUUGUGAUAAGUUGAAAUUUUUGUGUCUACAAUAAUUUCGGACUGGAAUAAAAUUGCCAAUAGUGAGAUAUAACCCAAUAUUUCCAAGAAUCCUUUGAGAGAGGAAUUAUUAAAGUAAACCCUUAUUGAGUAUUUAGUCAAGAGGAAUCUUUACCCAUACUUUUAACUAAAAGAAGAAGUGGGAGCACUAAUAUUGCUCAAUACCAGCAUAAUUCUGGGUUAAAACAUAGAAAAUUUUAAGUAUUUCUGAGCCCAAGAGAUGCUAGAUAUUUCUUGUUUGCAGCAAACGAUUCAAUUUUCAAAAUUUUGAUAAAAAUUGUAAAAAUCUGAGGCUUCUUAUUUUAGUCAAAAAAGAAAUUUUCCCAAAACUCUAUUUUUCUUAAAAUAUGAAAAUUCUGAAAGUAAACACUCUCUAAGCUAUAAAGCUCUGAAGCAUGUUAUGAUUAAAAAUAUAUUUAUUACUCAAAGUAGGCGUCAGAGUAAGAGCCUAGGUAGAUUUUUAAGUAUUAUACACUCUCUAAAAUUGUCAUGACUUUUGGUCAACGAUACCCUUACUAAAAUCAAGUUUCAUUACUGGAUUUUAGGUUAAAAUUUUCUGUGAUGUAAUAAUGGGUGUCCUCUUUAUUUCAGCCUCACAAGGUAAUUCUCUGGUGAUUUCUUAAGCUACAUUUUGUUCUGAAAUCUCCCAAAUUGAUACCACUAGAGAUAUAGAUGGCAUGGGAAAAGUCUUAGUGAAUAGCAUUCACCGAACUGGUGAAAGCACUAAAUAUUCUAAACUUAUUAAAUUUAAGUUGCUGAAGUGAUUUCGAUAGCAAAUAUUAUUCAAGGAGCUCCUUAAGAUAUGACUCCAGCUAAAGACAAUUUGAAGUUAGCCAGGAGUAGAAAUUUGUAGUAAUUUUUUUUGAGUAGUAGUGCUUUUUUUAGGACUGAGACAAAUUAUCAUUUUUAAUAGAUUUCUAAUUUUUGUAAGGAUGCUAGGUUAUGGUCGAGUAGGGCCAAGUUAGGUUAGAGGAUGGUAAAUUAGCUUACAGUUAUAAGCAUUAAGUAUUUUUCAUGACCUAAGCUAUCACCAUGAAAUUUAGAGUAUAUAUUUUAAUAAUCCAUUCACCAAAAUAUGUAAAUUAUUAUACCCAGAAGGAGUACGCAAAGAACUCUCUUACUAUCUUGGCCUAGGUCAAAAUUAGCUUUUAGUUAUCUCUAAACCCGCAAUGAUGUGUUUCAAAAAAUAUUUUGCCUUAAAAAUAUGUAGAAAAUGGUUUACGAUUUUCAUAAAACUCUAAUUUAAUUCUCUUUCUUUCUUUUUGUCAUCCUCUGAGAAAAAACAACUAAGGCAUCAAAAAUAUAGAAGUUUAAAAAUAUUAUUUUCUCUGAAUUUCUUCUUAAAAUUUCAUUUUUUAAUAGUAAGCCUCACGAUUUUAUGUCAUCAAUAGAUGCUACACAUUUUUUUAUGGUGGCCCAAGACUUGUAUAAGAAUGGUGAAUGGUAGCUGCAUUAUUGUUAAAGUAUAAAAUACGGGUCUAGAGUUUGGGGUGUUGGCGGUGUUGAUCCAAAAUAUUAUAAGAAGCUCUGUGAUGCUGCUGGAUUUGAUCCAAUACUCCAACACUAAAGAUUCUAUAUCUGCAUUUUUGGGGUUGGUGGUUGUACAAAUGGAGUGAUGAGUUGAUAUUUUUAGUGGGAAGUAGAACACAUCUCUUUCAACUCUUCGCCCUACUCUAUCAUAACUUGAUAUGCCACGCACCUAGCUAAUUGUUCAUAUCAUAAAUUUUUAAGAAGGUAUUCGAAUAAUUAAUACUAAUUUCACGCAUAUUACAUGUUCAUCUAAACUGAUUCAAUUUCUGAACUCUCUUUACCGAUUGCUUAGCUUGAUAUGCAUACAAAAACUGGAGGUUAUUUCUACUUUAUUAUAAUUGAGUAACAGAGCAUUCUUUCUUAUCUGCUUUUGAGUUUUGCUUUUCAUCGAAAUUUUUGGAAGUCUUCAUGAAAUCCGAUGAACGAUAUUAAUGUUCAAGUUCUAGAGAUACUUAAUACUGGUAAAUUCGUAAUUUUAAGACUACCUAGUUGUGAACAAGAGAAGCUUAGAAGAUGUUAUUAAAGUUUAAAAGGCAGUAUACAGCUCUUGAUAUGCUCUAAAGACUAUCAAAUUUUUAAAACUCCUUUACUACUGACUUCUGAUGAAUUUUUGAAUCAUAUUUCUGAAAUUUUCAGAAAUCAAAAGAAUAAAAUUUUCUUAUUAAAGAGUGGGGGUCAUUAUUUUUAAUGUAAAUUUUUUGUACGAUAAAUAUUUGAAUUGUUUAUAUCAAAUUUGGUCCUCAGAAGUUUAUAUUUGUUCAUAUUUGAUAAUUUUGGUUACAAUCAAAAAAUCUUUCUAAUCUCUUAAAAUUUUGAAAAUUAACCAAUGAUAUAGACUUGCACUUUUAUUGAAGUUAUCUUUGGCGGCACAAUGCCCCGCAGGUACAGAUACUUCUACCAAGAUCAAGAGCGCUUCUUUCGUCGAUCUAACUUUUCUUAAUGUCGAAGUUAUGAAUGGAAUCUCCUGUCCAGACUACUCGUGCAAUUAUUUGACAGCAAAUGGAAAUCUACUAAUCACACCAAAAGCAAGAAUUUAUAAAUUUGAUUCAGACUUUAAUAUGGUUUGGAUGCUAAACUUUGACGGAGAAAAUAUUGCAAAGAAUGCUAUCGCUCUUCAUUCUUCUGGAUCAAAUUUAGUGGUAACCAUGAAGUCUUCAUCAGAUUGUCCUCUUGUAAAGAUAGAUAGCACAACUAAUACUAUUACAGAAGAGAUAGAAUUAGGAGCUGCUAUUAAUUGUGAUUAUCUGACCUUCUCAAAUGAUCAUUCAAGCAUCUAUGUUUCAGGCAAGCUUUUAUCAACACCUCAUGUGUUCAAAAUUGGAUAUUCAGACUUUUCAACUACAUCCGUCACAGCAAUUCCAGUAAGCCUAAACUCCGUGUAUUCCAUUCACUCUUAUAUGAGCUCAAGCCAAGAACUCUUGAUGAUCACUGGCUCUGUCACAAGUCCCACCCAAGCUUACAGCCUACUCUCGGUCCAAUAUGACACAGCCACUCAGCAAUGGGCCAAGAAGAUUGGGUGUCCAGCCUCUUGUGUGCUGAGUGGAGCCAAUGACGCUUUAAUUCUGGAGUCAAACAACAAAGUUAUCAGCUAUUUCUUGGAUACCGAGCCAAUUAUAUAUGUGAGCAACCUCGAUGAUGGGGCUCUUGUGGGGUCAUAUGUGCCUGACUUCACACAAACCAACUUAGAAAUCAGUAGUAUGGCCUAUGCUACUUCAUUUAGCAAAGUUUUUGUACUGAUGAAAUAUAACAAUGGAGCAUACAAAAUUGAGUAUGAUCCCUCUACGAACUCUUUCUCUAAUGCAUACGUGAGUACUGCAAUUCUACCAGGAUGGAUACUUGAGGCUGGAGGUCACACUCUGAUAGGAUCUGGAGUACCCUCCUCGUCUUCAGUUAUUGCAAUGUCUAGAUUGGCUUCAAAUGGAAUUUAUGGGCAAAACACUGAAGUAUCUUUUGUAUCAACAAGUGGCACAUUUACUUCAUUAACUGGGUAUUCAUACUCUGACGAUGCCUCAUCUUUCGUGAGUUCUGGCCCAUCAUCUAUCACCAAAGGAUUCUCAAGUGUCACUUCCUUAGUAUUGCUUCCUUCUCUUCCUACAAGUGAUUUGAGCGGAGAGAGUGAAGUUAUCUUUCAAGGAGAAGAAUAUAUCCUUGAUACGACAGUAGAAACUACUGGAAACAUUCCAAAUUUCUUUCCAUGAUCCAUCAGUGGAGCAACUUCAAUUAGUUCUAUCAUCGACACCCACUCAAAUGGAGAACCUAAACCUGCAUGGGUAACAGUUGGAGCUGACUCUUUGUCCUUUGAUUACACAGUUCCAUCAUCUGCAGAUGGACAGACAUUUUAUUUUACUGGCAAGAGUACUGUUGAUGGAAAGGUAUACCUCAGAAAUGUUCAGAUAAACGUAGCAUCUGUUCCAGUUACUCCUCCAACCCCUGUAACUCCUAGUCCAUCCUCUACAAAUCUUCCAUUAAAUUCUUCAGAAUGUGAUAUUAAUUACUGUAGAGAGUGUAGUUCUUCUGAAUGCACUGCUUGUAUUGAUGAAUAUACUUUGACUAACAAUAAAGCAUGUGUAAAGAUAGAAGGGGUCUUAAGUUUUAACUCUUCGUUGAUAAUCACUGGGUUUACAGGAACAAUGGUAACUUCAAUUGUGGCUGGAGCUCUAUCUGGCUCAUCCUCUUAUAGCAUGUGGGCUUUAUUCAAUCAGUUUCAGCUGUUCAUGAUGAUUCCAUUCUUAAGAGCAUUGCUUCCUUUUGAAUUUUUACAAACGCUUAAAGCUCUUGAAACCAGUAUUCUCAACAUAAAUCUGCUAAACACUAGAAGUCUUCCAGUUUUCAAACAGAUUGCAGAAGAGAUUGAUUACACAAACCCAUACAAAGAGUUCAGAGAUAAUGGAUAUGGAUCAGGAAGCUCUCUAGUCUAUUGAUUCGAUAUAGUUGCCUAUUUUAUUGGAGUAACUUUCUUGGGCUUUAUCUCGUAUCCAUUUAUACGAAUAUUCUGCAAGUCUAAAACCAAAGGAUGCAAAUCUAAAAUUUAUGAUUAUUUUUGUGAUUUAUUUUGAUUUAAAUUAUAUUUGAGAUACUUCCUUGAAUGCUUCUUGUUUAUAUGUGUUAUCUCAGUAAGCGAGAUCACCAGAGCCACUGAUGCUCCGCAGAAUUCAAUCUCUUACAGUGUAGGUGUUGUGACAACUUUUCUUCUGCUCUUGUUUAUGGCUCUUGUCCCGAUUCUAUAUUUUAAGGUGAAAAAUCCAGAUGAAAAUAAAUAUGUGAAAGAACUUUUUGAAGGCUUCAAAAAGCAAAAAUUAGCGCAACUGUAUAACUUUACGUUUCUUUUGAGACGAUUCUUACUAGUAACAGUUAUUGUGGCUUUUAGAUCAAGUGAUAUCAUGCUCAAGCUUUUAAUAUACAUGCUUUUGCAAAUUUUAUGGCUGACUCUUGCUGUAAUUAUCAGACAUCAUGAUAAAAAGUGCCCAAAUAUUAUUGAGAUCAUCAAUGAAGUAACUUAUUCCAUCAUUAUAAUGCUGAUAAUAAUCUUACAAAAGCAUAAAUCAAGAAGCCUCGAAGUCUUGCUAAACAACUCAAUUAUAUUCAACACGAUGACAGUCUUCUUCAUUAGCAUCAUUAAUCUAAUCUAUCAGAUAGUAGUGACCUGUAAAUCCAAGAAGAGGAGAAAUAUAGUGAAGCCUUCAAUAAAGAUGGUGACUGUGAAGAGUAGCCACAAGCUACAAGUCCCCGAGAGAAAUUCUGGAUUGGAGGUUAUUAAGAAUCUAUCAACUUCGAUGAAGCCUCACAAAGAAGACUCGUCUAAGAAUACUAGCAGAGAUAUUGAGAAUAGCAACGAGCAAACCAGAAGAAGCUGGAUAAGAGCCCAAGAAUACCCUGUGUAUAAAAAAUCCCAGUUUAGUAGAAAGAAUCUUGAUGAGGUUCAGUGAGAAUCUUCAAGACAAAUGAACCUACCUUUAAACCCCAUAAAGGCCUCACCUCCCUCAAGUCCUCUAAACCAAAGACCAUCGAGGCCCUCCCAGAUGCCGUCAAGCACCAGCUUGCCUGGAAUGAGAACCCCUCGUUCUAAUCGUAAAUAAUCCUAUAAUAUCACUAUACUCAUAAGCUGUCUCGCUAAGCCAAGUUCGAGCAGGGCUUAAUGCGGUAGAGAAGUUUAUAGAUUAGGAUUAGAAGGAAUUAGGCUAUGAAAGGAAUUAGAGAUGUUAGGAAGGGGAUUGGGUGGAUACUCUUGGCAUAUAUUCAUCAAAUUUUGAACCAAGAGCAGGUUUAGCAUUCCUUCAAGGCUAAUAGUAUCAAACGAGAAGCAUCAUCUUUCUUAUUGCCAAAAUUAGUGACUGGUUCUUAGCUUAUUCGUAUAUUUGGUUAGUAUAAGAACUCUAAAGGUUAUCUGGGCUUAUUUAGAAUUAGUAGAGCUUGUGUAUGGUUGUAUUGGCUUCGGGUGUUCUUUAUUAGCUAAUGAUUGAGAAAUUCAGGCGGUGAGAUUGCUCAAUUAGUUUUUAAAGACUAGAGUAUUGAAGUUAUUUACCAAUUUUUUUUAUUUUAUGACCAUCUCCUUGCUAACUCCAGUAUAAAACAACUCUCAAAAACUCACCAAACCAUCAAACUCCCACUACUCUCCCUCCUUCCUCCCUAUC